GUCACGCUGAUUCCUUACAUUUAAAAAUCCCAUCUGAUUGGACUCACUUUGUGCUUAGCGGACAACAACACAUGGGCCACAUCACAGAGAACAAACUCAUCCAAUUCCGAAUCUGAUUCCAAGUAGUUAAGGUAUUCCAGCCAUACAUUUCCAAAUCUCGACGAAAUGGUACAAAGCGUUUCAGUGGCUCGGGCCAUUGGAGGCUACAUCUUUGGCCUUCUCCAGGCCUGCAUUCGUUUCAUUUUCCGGCUAAUCUAUGGCCAAAAAGGGGAGAGUGUUCCCCCGAUAACAGAUCCUAUUCUGUUGGAAUCGGCCACAUCGUUGGCCAGAAAGAUCCGCAACCAGGAGUUGAGCAGCGUUCAGGUUUUGGAAUCCUUCAUACGCCGCAUCAAGGAGGUCAAUCCCAUUUUGAACUGUGUAGUGGAUGAACGCUAUGAUCAAGCUUUAAAGGAAGCAAUCGAAGCUGAUGCACUAAUCAAACUCGGUCAAUACAGCGUGGAGGAGCUGGCGAAGCAGAAACCCUUUCUGGGUGUGCCCAUCACCACCAAGGAUUGCAUAUCGGUCAAGGGAAUGCUUCACACUGCUGGGCUCUAUGAACGUCGGGAUGUUCGUGGUACGCGAGAUGCGGAUGCCAUGGCCUUGAUGCGCAAGGCAGGAGCCAUUCCUAUCGCCCUCACGAACGUGUCCGAGGUGUGCAUGUGGUGGGAGAGCAACAAUACGGUGCACGGAAGGACUAGGAAUGCGUACGACACAAACCGGAUUGUCGGUGGCUCUAGCGGUGGCGAGGGCUGCAUCCAGUCUGCGGCUGCCUCCGCCUUUGGCUUGGGCUCUGAUAUUGGUGGCUCCAUUCGUAUGCCAGCAUUUUUCAAUGGCAUCUUCGGCCACAAGCCCAGCAAACUGGUUGUAUCCAAUGUGGGUCAAUUUCCAGCGCCUUUUAGUGCAGAGCAGAAUUCCUUCUUGGGUCUGGGUCCCAUGUCACGAUUUGCCGAGGAUUUACGACCCAUGUUAAAGAUUAUGGCGGGCGAAAAGGCAGCCGUGCUAAAACUGGAUGAGGAUGUCGACUUGACCAAAUUGAAGUUCUUCUAUCAAGAGUCCGAUGGCGGUGGCCGUUUGAUAUCCGCCGUUGAUCCUGACUUAAGACAGGCCAUGACCCGAGUGGUGGAGCAUCUUAGAGAAAAGUUCGGAAGUCAGAAGGUGGAGCGCAUUCAACUGCCACAGUUCCGUCAAUCGGCUGCCAUCUGGUUCGCCAACAUGCGCGACGACAGCGGCCAUGGAUUCGCCUACCAAUUGGGCAACCUGGAGCACGAUAUCAACACGUACCUUGAGCUGUUCAAAUGGUUUUUCGGUGCUUCCAAACACACGUUUAUUGGCCUGUCGACGGCCAUCAUGGAUAGUGCUCAGUGCAAGCAUGGAUCGCCCAAGUAUGAUCACCUGGUACGCAAGCGGAAUGAUCUGAGGACAGAGCUCCAGCGCCUGCUGGACGAUAAUGGAGUGUUGAUCUAUCCCACUCAUCCAACGGUGGCUCCAUAUCACAAUGAGCCCAUAACGCGACCCAUUAACUUUGCCUACACUGGUAUUGUUAAUGUUCUGGGUUUUCCUGCCACAGCUGUGCCCCUGGGCAAACUGGGAAGCGAGGGUCUGCCUCUGGGCGUCCAGAUUAUCGCCAAUUUUAAUCAGGAUCGUCUGUGCUUGGCCGUUGCCGAGGAAUUGGAGCGAGCCUUUGGGGGCUGGGCCAGGCCCGAAGUUCGGCUCUGAGACCAGUCUCAACUAUAUGCAUACCUGCGAGUAUGCAGCUUAGCUAGCUUAUAGAAAGUAGUGGUCAAGUGAUCCAUCCUGGAUUUAACCCAUCACCCACUCCCGGUCAAGAACCCACCCACCCAUGCAUUCGCCUGGCGAUAAAAGGUAUUUCUUGUAUGUACUCCAGUGCCUCGUUGUAAUAUCAAUUUUCGAUGUGGAUUUAUCUAUUUUGUAUGUAUUUUAAAACGUGAAAUAAUCAACGAUCCAAGCGGAUCCGUUCCCAUUUUGCAUUUAUAAUAAAUAAUUGCAACGAAA